AAGAAGCCUGGAGCAAAGACUUCAGCUCAGAGGAUUUACAGAAGAGCAGAAAGGACUUUAAUCUGUCUUAUAGUGAGGAGGAAAUAAUAAUCAGCGGAUCAGGAUAGAGGCGGUAUCUACCCCAGUGAGGCGGUAUCUUCCCCGGUGAGACGAUAUCUACCCCGGUGAGGCGUAUCUUCCCCGGUGAGGCGAUAUCUACCCCGGUGAGGCAGUGUCUUCCCCGGUGAGGCGAUAUCUACCCCGGUGAGGCGUAUCUACCCCAGUGAGGCGGUAUCUUCCCCGGUGAGGCGUAUCUUCCCCGGUGAGGCGAUAUCUACCCCGGUGAGGCAGUGUCUUCCCCGGUGAGGCGAUAUCUACCCCGGUGAGGCGAUAUCUACCCCGGUGAGCCGUAUCUUCCCCAGUGAGGCGGUAUCUUCCCCGGUGAGGUGGUAUUUCUUCGCGAUGCGAAGAUGGCACUCCUGGGCACCGAUGUGUUCCGGCGCUUCACUCCGGAGUCGCUGGCAGAGAUCGAGAGGCUCAUCGGGGAGCGGAACGCCAGGGCGGAAGCAGAGGAGCCGCAGUCGGAGCCGGCAGCACCCAGCGCCGACCUGGAGGCGGGAAAGACUCUGCCCAACAUCUACGGAGAUCCACCACCCGAGCUGCUCAACACGCCACUGGAGGACAUCGAUCCCUUCUACAAAGCACAGAGGACUUUUAUAGUGAUCAGCAGAGGAAACACCAUCUACAGGUUCAACGCUGAACCCUCCUGCUACAUUCUCAGCCCCUUUAGCCUGCUCAGAAGAGGAGCCAUUAAAAUUCUCAUACAUUCGUUAUUUAGCAUGUUCAUCAUGAUUACGAUUCUGUCCAACUGUGUGUUCAUGACGAUGAGUAACCCGCCCGCCUGGAGUAAAAUAGUAGAGUACGUGUUCACUGGUAUUUAUACGUUCGAGGCGACGGUGAAGCUUCUCUCCAGAGGGUUCUGUGUGGGACCGUUUACAUUCCUCCGUGAUCCGUGGAACUGGCUGGAUUUCAUGGUGAUCAGCAUGGCGUACAUCACAGAAUUUGUCGACCUCGGGAACGUUUCAGUGCUCCGGACGUUCCGUGUUCUCCGAGCUCUCAAAACCAUCACCGUUAUUCCUGGAUUGAAGACCAUCGUCGGCGCUCUGAUCCAGUCGGUGAAGAAGAUGGUGGACGUGAUGAUCCUGACUACCUUCGCUCUGGCCGUGUUCGCUCUCAUCGGCCUGCAGCUCUUCAUGGGGAACCUGCGUCAGAAAUGCAUCCGCUGGCCCAUCCUCAACAUCACCGCCACCGACGCCAACUCAACCCUGAGCUACAACUCCAGCUUCAUCAACGACACCUUCGACUUCACCGCCUACAUCGAGAACGAAGAGAACCAGUACUUUUUGGAGGGGAGCCUGGACGCCCUGUUGUGUGGGAACAGCUCGGACGCUGGGAAGUGCCCGGAAUUGUACACGUGUAUGAAGGCUGGAAGGAACCCGAACUACGGCUACACCAGCUACGAUACGUUCGGAUGGGCCUUCCUGGCUCUGUUCAGACUCAUGACCCAGGACUUCUGGGAGAACCUCUUCCAACUGACCCUACGUGCUGCUGGGAAAACCUACAUGAUCUUCUUUGUGGUGGUUAUAUUCCUGGGAUCCUUUUACCUCAUCAACCUAAUCCUGGCCGUCGUCGCCAUGGCAUAUGAGGAACAGAACCAGGCCACGCUGGCCGAGGCCCGAGAGAAAGAGGAAAAGUUCCAGAGAAUGCUGGAACAGCUUAAUAAUCAGGAGCAUCAGAUGGUGAACAGCGUGGCAUCUCUGGCCAGUCACACGAGUCGAAGCAGAGCAUCAGAAACGGCGGAGGACGGCGAUGAGGUGAUUAAGGACUGUAACGGCAGGAUCAUCCCCCGUCUGGUCAUCAACAGAGCGCCGUCCCACAUCAAGGAAACAGAGGACGAUCAGAAAACUGACGACAUGUCCAUCUCAUCCAAACACAGCAUGAUGUACCUGGAGCAACCUGAACUCUUCAAGAGAACUGCCAGCGUCAUGAGUGUGCUCACCACCACCAGGGAAGAGUUGGAGGAAGCUCAGCGCCCGUGUCCUCCAGGCUGGUACAAGUUUGCUGACACGUUUCUGAAGUGGGACUGCUGUGAAACCUGGGUGAUCUUUAAGAAGUGGGUCCAUUUUGUGGUGAUGGACCCGUUUGUGGACCUGGGCAUCACCAUCUGCAUCGUCCUCAACACGCUCUUCAUGGCUAUGGAGCACUACCCCAUGAGUCCGGAGUUCGAGCACGUGCUCUCCGUCGGUAAUCUGGUCUUCACCGGGAUCUUCACGGCUGAAAUGGUCUUCAAGCUCAUCGCCCUGGACCCCUACUACUACUUCCAGGUGGGCUGGAACAUCUUCGACAGCAUCAUCGUCACCCUCAGCCUGGUGGAGCUGGGUCUGGCCAACGUGCAGGGUCUGUCGGUGCUCAGGUCCUUCCGUCUGCUGCGUGUCUUCAAACUGGCCAAGUCCUGGCCCACGCUCAACAUGCUGAUCAAGAUCAUCGGGAACUCUGUGGGCGCUCUGGGGAACCUGACCCUGGUGCUGGCCAUCAUCGUCUUCAUCUUCGCCGUGGUGGGCAUGCAGCUUUUCGGCAAGAGCUACAAGCACUGCGUGUGUAAGAUCGCCCAGGACUGCGAGCUGCCCCGCUGGCACAUGAACGACUUCUUUCACUCCUUCCUCAUCGUGUUCCGCAUCCUGUGUGGCGAGUGGAUCGAGACCAUGUGGGACUGCAUGGAGGUGGCAGGAGCAGGAAUGUGCUUUAUGGUGUUCCUCAUGGUCAUGGUGAUAGGGAACCUGGUGGUUCUGAACCUCUUCCUCGCUCUGCUCCUCAGCUCGUUCAGCGGCGACAACCUCUCCGGGGGUGACGAGGAUGGAGAGCUAAACAACCUCCAGAUUGCCAUAGGCCGCAUCACCCGGGGCAUUGGCUGGGUCAGGAGCUUCAUCGUGGGCAUGAUCCUCAAGCUGCUGUGCAGGAGGAGUCCUGAGGAUGAGGAGGAAGGAGGAGGAGGAGACGAAGAGGACAAAAAGGAGACGAUCAUUUUAAAUCAUUUUGAUGAUGGGAAGAUGGCGGACGGCGUGAGCAACUCUCUAGAGGCUCAGACUCUAAACGUGCCGAUCGCCAAAGAAGAGUCUGAUGAUGAAGAUGAUGACGAUGAGGAGGAGUCUGAUGGUCCAUCUGAAGCAGAUGCAGAAGAAAAAUGUGCUCUGAAUGAUGGUGACUCCUCAGAAUGCAGCACCGUGGACUACAGGCCCCCAGAACCUCCACCAGAGGAGGACGAGGAGGAGCCUGAACCUGAUGAUCCAGAGGCCUGUUUCACUGAAGGCUGUGUGAGACGAUGGCCCUGUCUGGACGUGGAUAUAUCUCAGGGGAGAGGAAAGAGCUGGUGGAACCUCCGCAGGACCUGCUUCACCAUCGUGGAACACGACUACUUUGAAACCUUCAUCAUCUUCAUGAUUCUCCUCAGUAGUGGAGCGCUGGCCUUUGAGGACAUUUACAUCGAGCAGCGACGGGUGAUAAAGAUUAUCCUGGAGUACGCCGACAAAGUCUUCACCUACAUCUUUAUCGUGGAGAUGCUGCUGAAGUGGGUGGCGUACGGCUUUAAGACCUACUUCACCAACGCCUGGUGCUGGCUGGACUUCCUGAUUGUUGACGUGUCGAUCAUCAGUCUGACGGCCAACUGGCUGGGCUACUCCGAACUGGGACCAAUAAAAUCCCUCCGAACCCUGAGGGCGCUCCGGCCGCUGCGUGCCUUGUCCAGAUUCGAAGGCAUGAGGGUGGUUGUGAACGCGCUGGUGGGCGCCAUUCCUUCCAUCAUGAACGUGCUGCUGGUGUGUCUAAUCUUCUGGCUGAUCUUCAGCAUCAUGGGCGUCAACCUGUUCGCCGGGAAGUUCUACCGCUGCAUCAACAGCACCACGGAGGAGCUGCUCCCCCUCCAUCAGGUGAACAACCUGAGCGACUGCAUGGUGCUCAUACAGACCAAUGAGGCGCGCUGGGUCAACGUCAAGGUCAACUUCGACAACGUGGGUUUGGGAUACCUCUCCCUGCUGCAAGUGGCCACAUUUAAAGGCUGGAUGGACAUCAUGUACGCUGCAGUGGAUUCCAGAGAGGUGGAGGAGCAGCCGUCCUAUGAGAUUAACAUCUACAUGUACCUUUACUUCGUUAUCUUCAUCAUCUUUGGCGCAUUCUUCACCCUUAACCUGUUCAUUGGCGUCAUCAUUGACAACUUCAAUCAGCAAAAGCAAAAGUUUGGGGGAGAAGACCUGUUCAUGACGGAGGAGCAGAAGAAGUACUACAACGCCAUGAAGAAGCUGGGAUCUAAGAAGCCGGUGAAGCCCAUACCACGCCCCGCGAACAAGCUCCAGGGAAUGGUGUUUGACUUCAUCUCACAGCAGAUCUUCGACAUUUUCAUCAUGGUGCUUAUUUGCCUCAACAUGGUGACCAUGAUGGUAGAGACGGACGACCAGAGCGACGAGAAGGAGCACGUCCUCUACCAGAUCAACCUGGUCUUCAUCGUGGUCUUCACCAGCGAGUGCUUUCUCAAAAUUAUCGCGCUCCGGCAGUACUUCUUCACCAUGGGGUGGAACGUCUUCGAUUUCAUUGUGGUCAUCCUCUCCAUAGCUGGUCUCAUGCUGUCCGACAUCAUUGAGAAGUACUUCGUGUCCCCCACGCUGUUCCGCGUCAUCCGCCUGGCCAGGAUCGGGCGUGUGCUGCGCCUCAUCAAGGGGGCGAAGGGCAUCAGGACGCUGUUAUUCGCUUUGAUGAUGUCACUUCCCGCCCUGUUUAACAUCGGCCUGCUCCUCUUCCUCAUCAUGUUCAUCUUCUCCAUCUUCGGCAUGUCGAACUUCGCCUACGUGAAGAAGGCCGCCGGCAUCGACGACAUCUUCAACUUCGAGACGUUUGGGAACAGCAUCCUGUGCCUGUUUGAGAUCACCACCUCGGCCGGCUGGGACGGACUCCUGCUCCCCAUGCUGAACAGCGGCCCCCCCGACUGCGACCCCCACGCCGAGAACCCGGGCUCGGAUGUGAAGGGCAACUGUGGGAGCCCCGGCAUGGGCAUCAUGUUCUUCUGCAGCUACAUCAUCAUGUCGUUUCUGGUGGUGGUGAACAUGUACAUCGCCAUCAUCCUGGAGAACUUCAACGUGGCUCAGGAGGAGAGCGGCGACCUGCUGUGUGAGGACGACUUCGAGAUGUUCACCGAGACCUGGGAGAAGUUCGACACCGAGGCCACGCAGUUCCUGGACUACGACCGGGUGUUCGAAUUCGUCGACGCCCUCCAGGAGCCCCUGCGCAUCCACAAACCCAACAGACUCACACUGAUCGGCAUGAACCUGCCCGUCGUGAGCGGAGACAAAAUCCACUGCGUGGACAUCAUGCUGGCGGUGACCCAGCACGUCCUGGGCGACACCACCGAGAUGGCGGCCAUGAAAGAAAGCAUCGAGGCCAAGUUCACAAUGAACAACCCCACUACCGCGUCCUUCGAGCCCAUCACCACCACCCUGAGGAGGAAGGAGGAGGAUCGGGCGGCGGCGCUCAUCCAGCGAGCGUACCGCAGACAUAUAUUCAAACGAUCCGUCCGCCACGCCUGCUACAUGCAUCGCUCCAAGAGGAAGAACGCCAGGCGGCAUGAGGACAACACGCCGCCCGAAACAGAGGGACUGGUGGCGCGCAAAAUGAACACCCUGUACGGGAGUAACGCAGACCUGGCUAUGGCUUUAGAGCUUCAGGCCAGGCCCACGCCAGCCAACCGUGCCUCAUCUGGACUCACAGCGCCGGUCACCUACUCGCGGCCCCAAGGACGAAUGAUGGUGGUGCCGGUGGAAGUCAGGAGCGAUACGGUCCUUCGUUCUACACCCCCGACUAUAGGGGACUUCUGAGAGAAUCAGGAGACAGUAAUGGAAUAUAAAAGACCCUGGAGUCGCUCCGGCACGAACCUGACGAUCGCUGGUGGAUUUUUUAUUCAAUGUUUUUUUUGUUUUCACGUUGGUCACCCCGUUCUAGCACCGCUCCCGUCUGAGCUGUUUUAUUUAAAGACCUGUGAGGACGUUCUCGGAGGUUCUCUUCAUGCCAGAGCUGCUGUAAACCACUUUCUGACUCGUCUUAAGGUCUCACUUUCAUUUGCACUAUUUUUAAACCCCCGGUUCACGUCCUGCCAGUUUACAGCAUUGAGAUGGAACGAGAGGAGCGGGAUCUGAUCCGUUACACGGGAGGUAAACGCUCACGUGGGGCACCGAGGGCGACUUUAGGAGGCGGACGGAAAACCAGACAGCGAGAGCGCCAAGGAACCUUUACCGAAAGUCUUACAAGCUUCUCAGUUUCUUAAGAGUUAGAAUAACGUAACAUGGGGGUUCAUCCGGGAUACGGAGAGAAAAUUUACCCCAGACAGCAGAUUUCUCCUUGUCUGGCAUCUCUUAGUGACACUUAGACAUAAUAAAUAAUAAUGGUGGAUGCUUUUUCCACCUUAAAAUUUAUUAAAUCUGUCAUUUGGCCAGAGCUCUUACGUAUCACCGUAAAGAAACGACAAUAAUAAUAAUAAUAAUAAUAAUAAUAAUGAUUUAGACGUAUUUGCAACCUCAGAGUGAUCGUUCAUAACAAGCACUAAAGCUGUUUCAUAUUAAUGGAUUCUACUGUGAUUUAUUUUUUAUAUUGUUUACAGUUUUCAUCUGAUGUACGAACCACAUUUCCAGAAAAGAUGGGACAUUUAUUAAGACGCAGAAUAAGGAAUGUGUGAUGUGUUUCAUUCUCUUCCACCUUUAUUUCACUGAUAAAAGCAGAAAAAAAAGAUUUCCAGUAUUUCACUGAUGAUGGACGACUUUCUCUGUGUGUAAUAGAGUUUCAGGUUGAGUUUCUUGAUGCAGCGGCGACCUGUGUUAAGUGACGACUAUUUUCUGAAGUGCUCCCGAGCCCAUGUGGCUAUGUGGUUUCUCAUGCACUGCAUUCUGAGAGCUCGAAGGUCACCACAUUCAGCAGUGGUUUCCGUUCUUGCCCUACAUUCAGCAGAUUCUCUGAAUCUUUUCACAAUAUUAUGUACAGUAGAUGGUGAAAAAUUAAAUUACUUCCACUCUCGCAUUGAGAAAGGUUCUUUUUGAACUGAUUGAUUCUCUGAUGAAGUUUGGAACACGGUGGUGAGCCACGCCCCAUAAUUUCACUCUUAUAAUUUUCACAGCAUCGAAUUCUAAACCUGUUUCUAUUUACACUCUACAGUGAAGUUGAUCAGAGAAACAUUAGAAAGAAGAAGAUUAAAGAGAAUAAACACAUCACACAUUCUUCUUUUUACUGUGUUUUACUAAACGUCCCAACUUUUCUGGAUAUGUGGUUUAUAAUUCAGCAGCACAGUUUGCGUUUUAUUUAAGAGGUUAAACGAACUGCCUGCUGUCUGUGUUAGUAAUGAUCAGAGUUAUUGAUCAUGUCGGGUAGUUUGUGUUUAUAAUCAUAUUUAUUUAUUUGACUCUUUUGUAGAGCAUCGUUGGGAGCUGAAUAUAAAGUCUUAAAAUACUGACAAACGUCUUAGAAAUGUCUCUGAAAGCGCGUACAGGAGUAAACAAAGCACUUUUAGGUUUUCUUUAUCCUCUGUAGACACUUUGGUUUUAAAACUGGUGGGUAGAACUUCAGCAGAGGUCUCGGCUGUGAGGUCGUGCACCAUCUACCUGCUUAUGAUUUCUUACUGAGCAGGAUUUGUAAAAUGUUGUUGGAAUGUUACUGAGACGUUAGGACGCUUGUGUCGCCUGUAUAUAUGAUGCAUAAUGUGUUUUACAGACCAUGUUUAGCCUUUUCUUCCUUUAUAUCAGAGAAUUGUAAAUAAAAUGGACGUUCAACACCGA